UCAUGAUGUUUUCCAUCUUCAAUUUCCAGAUUUAUUGCUACCUAUGGAUUUUUAGCUACUGGAAAAUUUUCUUUUAAGUGUCAUUUUUAAGGUCAAUUAAUCCUAUUCCAUCCAAUACAAUGGUUGAAAACAAAGCUGGUGCUAAUGGGCACUUGGAAUCUCAGCUGUCAAAAGAUGGCCAAACAACAAACCCUCUGUCGAGAAAAAUCAAUAAAAUAUUAGAAACCAGGAUUGAAAAUGAUAAGGCUGCAGUGGAAGCCCUGAGCGAGCUGUCUUUAUUCUUCCCUGAGAACUCAAUGAAGGCUCGCCGCAACCUGCGUGGCCAGAUUGAGCAGCGCAGUGUCAGCAUCAACCAAGAGUUUGUUGCAGCUCUGAAGUUGGUGAAAGAUGCUGUUGACGCCAUUUAUGAUGAUGUCAAGAUAAUCAAUUCUCAGUGUACAGAGAUGAAAGCCAAGCUCCAGGCUGCUAAAGCUGAGACUAAGCACCUCACUGAGCAGACUGCCAAGCUGCACAAACAGCGGACAACACUGGCAAUGCAGCAGCAGGUGGCAGCAGCUUGCGCCCGAGCCUUCCUGCUGACACCGGCUGAGGUGGCUCUGCUCCAGUCCUCCAGCCCUAGGAUAGGGCCUGAGUUCUUUGCUGCUCUUGACAAGACGCUCGCUAUUAAGAACAACACUAAACACUUGUUGCAGACGGGCGAGCAGACGACGGCGCUGGAGGUGCUGUCGCACGUGAGCGAGGUGCGGGAGGCGGGCGUGGGGGCGCUGUACCGCUGGCUGCUGCAGCAGGCCAGGGUCAGCGAUGUCCUCACCGCCGCCCUGCCCACCGCCAUGGCCUCCCUGGAGGACAGGCCUCAGCUCUUCAGGUUAGUGGUGGAGGAGUGGGUGGUGGUGCGCAGGGGUGCCUUGUCCCGCAACUUCCUGCACUCCCUCACCCACUUGUCCCCCACACACUCCCCCAUCGAGCUGGGGGCGCACUCCCCUACCCGCUACGUGGGGGACAUGCUGGCGUGGCUGCACCAGGCCCUGGCGGGGGAACGAGAGGUCAUGGGGGCGCUUUUUGGGGGCUGCAAGAGUCUGGACGUGUCGGCUGAGACGAGCUCGAGUCUGGCCAGCAUCGCCGAGUCGGUGUGUCGGCCGCUGAAGACGCGCAUCGAGACGAUGAUCGUGUCGGGGGAACCCACCAGGAAGAGGCUCCCCCAGGACUCCAGUGCCUCCCCCCACCGCCCACACGUCAGCAAGAAGCCCGUGAUGCUCUACAAGAUGCGAGGCUUGCUUCAGUUCUACAGCAACACCAUCGAGCAGCUGACAGGGGCAGGGCUGUUGGUGUGCGCGCUGGACGAGCUGCAGCAGCUCUGCCAGAAGAUGUUCCUCGCCGCCCUCCAGACGCAGGUGGAGGAGAGCUGCGAGCUGCUGCACGCCAUCCCGCCGUCCCUGGCGCCCUCUCCCACGGUCACGUCACUCCUGACGCUGCUCAGCGACAUCAUCACCGCCACCACCCUCAGCACCUUACAGCACCACGACCACGCUGCUGAGGUGGUGGACCUCGUGGUAGACCCGCUACUGACGGCCCUGAACGCCGCUGUGAGCGGUGGUGGCGGCGCCGCUGUGGAGGCGGGGGUCGUGGAGGCCAACGUUUACCUCCUCAACUGCUGCCAUCUCCUGCACUCCACCGUGUCCCUCCUUCAGACCUCGAAUACCCCACAGAAACUCCAACAGAUUCAGGGUGUGACGGAGUCUGCGGUGUCAGUGCUGUGCGAGCAGCAGACUGCUGCUGUGCUCAUGAGCCUGGCUUUGCUGCCGAUGCUGGGGGACCUCAGCGCGGCCACUGCUGCUGGGGGGGUUGUGGGGGACACGCCUCUCGCCUGCCGCCCCUACACCUCCUCGUCUGCGGUGCAGCAUUUCUUGGCGAAGCUGGACGAGUUCCUGUCGUGCCCCGACGCCUACCAGCUGCCCAGCAUGCGGCACGUGGUGUCUGCACAGCACCGACAGCAGUGUCUGCACAGGUGCUGCACUGCAGUGCUGCACCACUACACUGCACUGCACACACUCGUGCAUACGGUGCCAGCUGCCGGCUACACCGCGCCGCACAAACUCAUGCCGAAAACGCCCGACAUGAUACGGGCCCUCAUGGUCCUCUGAUCUGCUGCAUCGUAUUUUUUCGUUAUUUUUGUCCUCCUUUUGCAUUGCUUUUGCCUCGUCAGUUUCUAUCACCUGAUUUUCUUGUUUAUGAGAUAAUCUCCUAACAUGGCUAGAUCUUAUACGCACUCCUAGCAUGGCUAGGAAGUUAUCCGCACUCAGCUGUACACUCGAUAAAAACGAAGAGAUUUUUUCCAAAUAGCGAUGCACU